CAGACACAGUUUCUUUCUGUCAUCAUACUCGUACGCCACAUACAGAGCAGCUCCUCUGUAGAAAAACAGGAACAGAGUGGUCCUCCACGGUUCCGCUCCGCUCCCUCCGGCGGCACCACAACAAACCAAUGGGCGCCGUCUCCGCGACGGCGGACGUCGUGGUGGCGCUCUUCUCGCUGAUCAUGGCGGUGGCGGCCCCGCUGUUCGACUCCCAGAUCGUGCUCCCGCGCGGCCUCCACCCGGCGCCGCUCGUGGACAUCCACCGCUGGUUCACCGUCGCGUUCGGCCACUACCUCGUCGCCGACCCGCCGCCUUUCUUCCUCGGCCUCGUCUGGCUCGACCUCGCCUUCCUGUGGCCCGUCUGCGUCGCCAACCUCUACGGCAUCCUCGCGCGCCGCCGCUGGUCGGCGGCCACCUCGCUCAUGGCGGGCGUCUACAUGCUCACCUACUUGGUAGUUAAUCUCCAGUCGCCGGCCUAUCACUCCUGUGUCCGCGAUACUCGGCGACAUGUUGGGCUCAGGGAAAACAACGCCGAGGCUGCUCAUGCUCAGCGCCGUUAACUGCUGCAACAUCGGCUGCAUCUUCAGCUCAGAAGAAGAAAGCCUAGAUUGAAUUUGUGUUCGUCAUAUUAUUAUUUUUGACCCGCAUGUUUCAAGAAGAAAAUAGUCAAGUUCCACUCGAUGUAAACGUAUAAGUACUUGUUCAAUGAACGAUGUAUCUUUUCUUCCAUUAUUAAGCAUUAGCAGGACAAAGUGUCUCCUGAGGAGAAUGCUAGAUUAGAGGCCAAGUUCUCAGAAGAGGAGAUUAAAAAUGUUGUGUUUGGGUCAUACUCAGAUGGGGCCCCUGGUCCUGAUGGGAUACCCUUUAUGUUCUAUCAAAGCUCUUGGGAAUUGGUUAAAUAUGAUCUUAUUGAGAUGUUUAA